GUCGUAGUAGCGCGCAUGGGCAGAAAGGGAGCCCUGCCUAAGCUCUGCUCUUGGCAGAGAUCGCGGUUGAAACGCAAUGGCUACGUCCUCGUGCCACCCGCCGUCGGCGCAGCCUGUUACUCACCUGAUCUUUGACAUGGACGGUCUGCUUCUGGAUACUGAACAUCUUUAUACUAUUGUGUUCCAAGAAAUCUGCAGUCGCUUUGGGAAAACCUACACCUGGGAUGUGAAAUCCUUAGCAAUGGGUAAAAAAGCAUUGGAAGGAGCAGAAAUCAUUCGCGAUGCACUGGACCUUCCAAUCACCAAAGAAGAGCUGUUAGAUGAAAGUAAAAUCAUGCAAGAAAAUUUGUUUCCUACAGCUACAUUGAUGCCAGGAGUUGAAAAACUAAUCCACCAUCUACACAAACAUAACAUUCCCAUAGCUGUUGCUACUAGUUCAUCUCGAGUGACAUUUGAAAUGAAAACAAGCCGACACAAAGAAUUCUUUGCUUUAUUUCAUCAUAUUGUCUUGGGAGAUGACCCUGAAGUAAAGCAUGGCAAGCCAGAGCCUGAUGUGUUUUUAGUUUGUGCGAAGAGAUUUGAUCCUCCUCCAUGUCCAGAAAAGUGUCUUGUGUUUGAAGAUGCUCCCAAUGGAGUGAAGGCAUCACUGAAGGCUGGUAUGCAAGUAAUCAUGAUUCCAGAUGAAAACUUGAACAAAGAUCUUACAAAAGAAGCAACUUUAGUGCUGGGGUCCAUGAGUGAUUUCAAGCCAGAAUUGUUUGGUCUACCACCAUUUGAUUGAACAUUUUUUUUUAAUUAAUUUAGUAUUUUUUUAAAAAAAACAUAGUUUUUUUCUUUUUCUUUAUAGUAUUGUUUCAUUAUUUACACUUCAGCUUAAUUCAGAAUUAAAAUCAGAAUUAAAAUCACAGAAUUAAAAUGUAUUUGAAGCCUAAGAGGUUUUUAGAUUAUGAAAAAAAGAAAUGCUCUUUUUCAUAUUUGUUUUCAAAAAAUCAACUAAUAGCUCUCCUAAAUGUUCUCAUUACUUCUUCCAUCAUUUUUAUCUUCAGAAAAAUUCUAUAAAGAAAAUUUUCUCUGUUGUUUUUUUUUUUUUUUGAUUGGUAAUCACCAGAAAUAGUCAUGCAGAACUAUACCGUGUUUCCCCAAAAAUAAGACAUCCCCUGAUAAUAAGCCCAAUCGGGCUUUUCAGCGCAUGCACAUCCCCCCAAAAUAAGCCCCCCACCAACUACUUAUAUGCAUGUGCAGCCAGACCUGCCAUUUCCUCUGGUUGCUUUCCGCGCAAACAACAUAAAGUGAGGCGAUGCUGGAAAAGGGGCGAAAGGAGAGGAACAUGCUGCACACACCCCACAUGUCCUUACCGUAUCUACCGGUAGCGCUGAUGGCCACCGCAAAAAGAGUGGUAGGCCAGCGACGCAUCUCGUGCCCGGUAACUGGUAACACUGAUGGCUGCCACAAAAAGAACAGCAGGCCAGCAAUGUGCUUUGCGCCCCAUUCCUUACCAGUACCUACCACCGCUUCCAACAAAAAUGAGAGAGAGAAUGGAGAAAGAGAAAGGAAAAGAAAGAAAGAAAGAAAAAGAAAGAAAGAAAGAAAGGGAGAGGAAAAAGUGAGAAACAGAAAUGAGAGGGAGGGAGGGAAAGAGAGAUCCAUUUCCCACACAAAGGGAAACCACAAUUGCAAUCUCUAAACCCCCACACAGGGAAACACAAUGCCAAAUCCCAACUCCCACAGCCCCAGGGUUUUGGAUUAAUGGAUUUAAUGAUCUAAAAUGACUUUUAUUUUGACCCCCAGACAAUAUGAGUUCAAAAAGAAAGAGCUACUCCAUGGAAUUCAAGAAAGGAAUAGUGAAAGAUUCUCAGGGCAAGAAUCUGGCAGCUUUCUGCAAAGAGAAGAUGUUGGAUCUACGUAUGGUCCGAAAUGGAGAGUAGAGUACAAUAAUCUCAGUUAAGAAGGGAAAUGACAAAAAGUGCAGGUGUGGAUCAGAUUGGCAACCAUUAUUUCCUGAACUUGAAGACACUAUCUCUGAAUGGAUCGCUGACAGGAGAGCAAAGGCUUUAGUUGUACACAGGGCUAAUAUUCAGGCAUUUGCCCUUGAAAUGGCACCACAAUUACAAAUUUCCAAGGAACAAUUCAAAGCCUCUCAACACUGGCUGGAUAGCUUCCUUCAGCGACAUGAACUGUCUCUGAGGAGAUCCACCUCGCUGUUCAAGCUGGAAGAUGAACUUGUCAAACGGGCACUUGCAUUCAAGUUGUUCGUUGAUAGCAUUGAUUUUGCCAAGUAUCAGCUAUCGAACAUUAUCACUAUGGAUGAAACAGCAGUCUUUAUGGGCCAAGGGGCUCAAACCACCAUUGACCAGAGGGGUGCCACAUCAAUUUAUAUUCCCUCCAUGGGAUAGGAAAGCGCAUGUGUGACGUGCAUAUUGGCUAUUCGGAUGCAUGGAACCAAAGUCACACUGCUAAUAAUAAGCAAGGGAAAGAAGGACAAAAUCAAAAGGGUUUCAGGGAUUUACGUCCUUGAAACCGAAAAGGCCUGGUGCACCCAAGCAGCUAUCAGGAAGUGGGUGGAGCUAAUGCUCCCACUUGUUGUGCGAGGUGGCCAAAGAGGCAUAGUGGUAUGGGAUUUAGCCAGCACUCACCGUGCCAAGGAUAUGAAAAAAUUUCUUACUCAAUGCAGGAUCGAUCAAAUUAUGAUUCCUGCAGGAAUGAUUGCUACCUGCAGACAUUGGAUAUCAAUAUUAAUAAGCCGUUUAAGGACCAUCUCCACAUGCAAAUAAAUCAAUACAUAGAACACGGAAUGAUAAGAAACCAGAGAGGUAAUUUUAUGAAGACUGGCCUGCCAGAAUUCAUCAAUUGGGUGAAGAAUGCCUAGGAAAAAAUAAGUGAUGACUGUGUUGCAAAUGCAAUAAGAGCAGGCUACAUAGACAGGAGGUACUCUUUUAAGGAGACCGCUAUUGCUAAGCAUGAGCAAUUGGGACCAAUGGUGUUGAGCAAAAUGAAACAUUAAAAGAAACAUAGGAUGGAAUUCAGGAUGUGGACAGUUUUGAUGAUGUUGUGGAAAAAGAUGAUAUGACUACCAUAUUGGAAUAAAUUGUUGAGUUUGAAAAAAUUGUUGAAUUUGAAAAAAUCAAUGAAUUUUAAUAUGGUAAAUUGUUGAAUUUGAAUAAAUUGUUGUACCAUACAUGAGCAUUGUGGUUUCCCUGUGUGUGAGUUCAGGGUUUGCAAUUGUGGUUUCCUUGUGUGUGGGAAAUGGGUCUCUCUUUCCCUCCCUCCCUCCCACUCAUUUCUGUUUCUCCUUUUCCUCUCUCUCAUCCCCUCCCUCUCUUUCUUUCUUUUCUUUCUCUCUCUCAUUCUCUUUCUCGUUUGUUUUGAGUCUCACAAAGACUAAUUUCUGGCAUCUUUUAUCAAGGCGGGUGGCAGGUGGGGGCAUGGAGUGAGAUGUGGCAUCUCUUGCUGUCUCUUCUUCCCCCCACCAGGCAUGGCAGGGUUUCUUGCCUCUCGCUUAUCCACCCGCCCCCUUUAGGGAUUCAAUUUGGGGGUGGCAGGUGGGGUGGGUGAGAAACGUGUCCAGGGCAACAUAUAAAAAAAAACUUUAUUGAACUCGUGAGGAGGGGUUUUUUUUACAACAUGUUUCCCUGGACACAACGCCCGCGUCCCGCUUCUCGCCCGUCCUACCUGCCAUCCCAAAUUGCAUCCCUAAAGGGGGCGAGUGGCUAAGCAAGGGGCAGGAGCCCUGCCAUGCCCAGCGAGGAGUGGGAGAAGAAACAGCAAGGGGAACCACGUCUUGCUCCACGCAUCUCGCUUCUCCCCUGCCCCACCUGCCAUCUCUCUCAAUAAAGAGACAGCGGGGAAGGGAAGCAGCCAGGCUGCUGUUGCCAUUGGGGUGAAGUGGGACGUAUUGGGCUGCGAGAUGUGCAUCACCUUUCUAGCUCCGUCACGUUCUUCACCGUUGUGUCCAAGAAAACACAUUGUAAAAGGAAACUUCUUGCGAGUUCAAAAUUCUCGAACUUGCGAAGUUUUCUUUUACAACAUGUUUCCUUGGACACAACGGUGAGAAACGCGAUGGAGCUGGAAACAUAAGACGUGCAUCCUGCUUCUUACCCGACCCACUUGCCACCCCCAAAUUGCAUCCCUAAAGGGGGCAGGUGGCUAAGCAAGUUGCAGGAGCCUUGCCAUGCCCAGCGAGGGGGGAGAGAGAUGGCAAGGGGAGCCACGUCUCGCUCCACGUGUUUCGCUUCUUCUCCGCCCCACAUGCCAGAAAUGAGUCUUUGUGAGACUCGUCGCGCCCCCACCGCUGCAAGACUUGUGCCAUUGCACGCACAAAUGGCAGCACUGCCACUGGGUUUGACAUAUCGGCACAGCCGUGAGCGGCAGGACAACAGCUGUGCUGGUAUGAUGAAGCUCACGGCGGUGCAGCAACAGCACAACAAGCCUUGCAGAGUCCUGCUCCACAAGGCGGCGGCGGGACAUGUCAGGACAGCGCCAGCCAGCCUCUCGGCUGGCGCGAAGAACGGAGGGGAGGCGAUAGUGGCGACGGGACAUCCAGUCCCAUGCUCACCACCUCCUGCGCCCCCAAAAUAAUAAGCCCCCCCCCCGAUAAUAAGGCCAAGCCUUUAUUUCGGGGUUCAAAAGAAAAUAAGACAGCGUCUUAUUUUUGGGUAAACACGGUAUUUAAAUCACUUUGGGUGGACUUUAUUACAAGAUUCUACCACCAGUGAUAAAAUUAUCUUUGAAUUUAUGUGUAAAGUUCUUUGACCAUCUAAAUAGGAGGGCUUUAGCUCUGUUUUCAACAUCUUUUACGUAGUUGUCUGUGUUUAGCUGAAUGUGAAACAUGUAGUUGAAAAUAUUGCACAAAUAAUAAUUUGUUGUAUAAUCUGAAUUCAUGCAUCAUGGUAAAACGGUGGGCAACCUAUUAUCUCAGAGCCAUCUAUGGCUCAAAAGCUCUUUGUUAUAAUCCUCAGAAAGUUUUUUGUGACCAAGAAUUGCACACAAAUAAUAACGCCACAGUUAUCAAUAAUAAUGGCAUAAUAUAUUACUAUUUAUUUGGUGAGAUAUGUAGGAAAGCUAUAAUGUAUGUUCUAAAAUAGGUAUAACAGGGUUAAUGAAAAAUACAUAACCCUCCUGUAAAUUUAUUGACCUAACAUUGCAUAAACCUGGCACAGUUCAAAUGAAAUUUUGGAAAAGUUUCCAGCUGUGUUCUAUGUCAUAAAUCACAACUUACAUCGAACAUAGUUUUUGUUUACCCAAGCUAAAAACCAAGCAAACCAUCUCACGGCUUAGUGCUAUGUGUGAACCCAAUCAUGUAUUCCAAAAUAUUUAUUUACCUAAAUCCAUCCAGGAAAUAAAUCACAUCACUGUAGGGAAUGACUUAUUUUUUUUUCCUUUAUACAUUCUUUAAGGAUAAUUAUUUUAAUGGAAAAAUUAUAAAUGUAUCUGGAAUAAUUUGGGAUUUUUGUAUUAAAAAGAUGAGCAUUUCUAUAACUCUACAACAUUUCAGCAGAGAAUUUCAGCAGAGAGAUUUUAAGCUGCACAAUCAAAUGUAUAUCUUAUUACCUCCCUCCCCCCCAUGUAUGGUCUUUUGCUGUUGGAUGUUUUCUUUUUCCCAAGCUUUUGCCCUUUUGUCUUUCUUUUCAAAGCCAAUUAUAAAUACAUCUUCCAGCUUUGGGGAAACCUUUGCUCUUGAAAACUACUAAAUAUCACAAACAAUAUUUCUUCUCUUCUUCAACUUACCUUCUUGCUUGAUUAACCUCAUCUGAUGAAGUCAUGACUGCAGCUUACUAGAUACUGUUUCCUUUGCUGCAUAUUGUCUAUUUUCAAUGUCUAUUGUCUUAUGUCCAGAAAAAAACAGUAACUGCAUACUGUUACUGUUACUAUGCAUACUUCUCACUAUGAAAGUAGUUACUAUGCAUACUUCUCACUAUGAAAGUAGAAGUCUGUGUACUUAACAGACAUACUGCUGAAAUCUGGUGCAGGGGAAAAAACCGUUUGGAGGUUGAAAUUAUGUACAUAUGGUGCCUUUAUUUUGUGUGGCAUUAUUUAUGGAAUUUACAGAAAAUUGUUUUGAAUGUUAAGGACAUUAGGAAUAUCCUGCUAUACCUUUUUCAAAAUUCAUCAAAUGAUACAUAUUUGUAGAUUUAUUAAAAGAAUGGUAGAUUAUAAAUAUAUGCAUGUCUGAAUGCUGUAAAUUAAAAUGCUUUGCUAUAAUUAAUUAAAAUAAAACUUUAUCUCCAUGUCCUGAAA